AUGACUCUAGAGAAGAGUCACACGAGUGUGAAUCUGACUGAGAUACUUAUGAAGGUGGUUCAUACCAAGAAGUUCAAGUUCUGUGCAACUUCUCUAGGCUUGGCGAAGGCUUCCCCAACAUUUCUCGCCAAGACAAGGGUGUUGAUCAACACCUAUGCCAUAUGGCGGGAACCAAAGUCCUGGGAUGAACCUUUCAGGUACAUUGGGUCCCACAUCGAUAUAAAGGGCCAGGAUUUCGAGCCACUCCCAUUUGGAGGUGGAAGGAGAGGCUGCCCUGGUUACACCUUUGUGUUGGCCACAGUAGAGAUUGCAUUUGCUCGACUUUUAAAACAUUUCGACUGGGAGCUGCCACGUGGAGUUGGGGUGGAUAACGUGGACCUCGGUGAGACUUUCGUAUUGGCGACUAGGAAAAGGGUCCCACUUGUUCUCGUUCCAACGGUGAAUAGGGACUAUGAAUUCAAAGGCAGUGCCACUUUAUGGAAGCAAGUGUACCCAUGA